CUCCUGUGUUGCAGCAUGAGAAACAGUAAUCACUACGGCUCUCUCAGAUACAACAGAUGGAUUCAGUUCCCUAAGCUAAACACAGCAGGUUUUCCGGUCAUCUCUCCGAGUACCAGCAGCAUGACGGAGCCUCGGAGCGGCCUGAGCAGCCCAGAUGUGGAGGUGAAGAGUCUGCAGCUGGACGACCGCCCAGAGUCAGAGUCUGCGGACAGCGGCAUCGGGGACGGGGACGAGCUGCCGGUUCCUCAGCAGAUCCUGGUCAGCAACGUCACGUGCGACUCCUUCAAGAUCAGCUGGAUCAUGGAGACCAGAGGCCAGGAUCGGAUCACCCAUUACUUUGUUGACCUGAACAAGAAGGAAGACAAGAGCUCCAACAAGUUCAAGCACAUGGACGUACCGACCAAGCUGGUGGCCAAAGCGGUUCCUCUGCCGAUGAUGGUCAGAGGUCACUGGUUCCUGAGCCCUCGGACGGAAUACACCGUGGCCGUUCAGACGGCCACCAAGCAGCCCGACGGAGAAUAUGCUGUUUCUGCUUGGAGCGAGAUCGUCGAGUUCUGCACGGCGGACUACUCCACUGUCCAGCUGAAGCAGCUCCUGCUAAAAGCAGAGGCUAUCGCUGGCAGGACGUUACCGUUCACCGUCUUCUAUAGAAACCAGCAGAGGGAGUACUUCCAGUCAAACAGCCAACAUUACCGCUCCAGAGAUGCUCAGUGCUGUCGCAUGCUGCCGUCAGUAAAGGACAACAGCGGCAGCCACGGGUCCCCCAUCAGCGGUAAGCUGGAGGGAAUCUUCUUCAGCUGCAACACAGAGUUCAACACUGGACGACCUCCGCAGGAUUCUCCGUACGGGCCGCACCGCUUCCAGAUCCAAGCAGACCUCCUCUUCAACCAGAACACCAACAUCUACUUUGGGGAUUUUUACUGCAUGUACACUUCGUAUCACUAUGUCAUCGUGGUUCUGGCCCCCAGUGGCUCCAAAGGGGACAUUUUCUGUAGAGGCAAGCUGCCAGCCUUGGAUAGGUCAAGCAACUGCUUCCUGAGCUGCAGUGAGGAAGAGGACGGCUCGCUGUCCUUCCGUCACGCUCAGGACGUCAUCCUGGAGGUGAUCUACACAGAGCCGGUGGAUCUGUCUCUGGGGACGGUGUCACAGAUCAGCGGACACCAGCUGAUGAGCCUGUCUACCCUCAACGCCAAGAAAGACCCCAGCUGCAAGGUCUGCAACAUCAGCGUGGGACGUUAGCGGCUUCUUCAGACAGGAUGACCAGCUGACCCGCAUGGUAACAAGCACAGGAGGUACUAACUGACUUUAACUCUACUGGUUACGUGCCCAACUGAACGAGUCCUCCCAGAAACCAGCAGGCUCGUGGACCGGUUAGGCAUCAGCAAGACAGCGCCCUCAUGUGGUCAUUUGGAUGAAGACGGUUCAGGAUGGAUGGAAACUGUCAGUCUGUUGUUUUUAUAACCUUUUCCGUCUGUUUUUAUUACCAUGGCAAUCGAUGUCAGUUAGCGAAAUAUGCAUCUAAACCCCGGAAGCUUAGAGAUGAUCAUUGCCUUAUCUUUCGUUUCAGUUGAGCUCUUCUGCGAUAAAGUCUUUGGGUCGGUGGAGGUUGCGAAAUCGAAAUAACAGCAAUAAACAAAUUAAUUCAAAUGGCAACAGAAGACUGUGUUUGGGUAGUUUAUGUCAGACUGUUAGAGACAAUGGAGAAUAAUGUCUAUAUGCUGUGAAUGUUCUGUCUUCAGCAUCAAUAAACAGAAAUGUUACCUGAAAAAACUUGCUGUCUUUAAUGGUAGUUCCUGUCAAAAAGACUCAGAGAGCUUCCAGAGCUUUUACCAUUUUUUAUCAAACAAGGGAGCUAAGUCUAUUUAUAAAGUUUAAGAGAGAAAUAAGGAGCAACCUAAGUUAAUCAGAUGCUGACUUCCUCCUCUUCUGUAUCUCCUCAUCAUAGAGUUCACACCAACAUUUCCGACAGGAAACAGGAAACUCUUUGCUUAUUUAUGUAAUACCGUCAUCAAAAACAUUCCUAAAAGGUCAGUCAAUAAAGAGACAUUACAACUGAAUA